CAUCGAGCUCGAUACAAGUGUUCUGUCCGAUAUGCUGCGACACUUUCUACGGCUAAGACAGUCCGCUUGGACUAAGUUACAGUGUGGUCAAUCGUGGAAGAGACGUCUGGUGACGGGUAAAGAAACGACGUCGUUUGCAUUGAACUUGUUUAGAGGAGAAACGAGGACACAAGAAAUAUUUCCCUAUCCAGAAGUGUUGACUGAUGACCAAAAGGAAACUCUCCACUUGCUAAUUGAUCCAGCAACCAAAUUUUUUGAGCAAGUGAAUGAUCCUGCCCGUAAUGACAGCGACGAACGUGUUCCUGAUGAUGUUUUGGAUCAAUUCAAACAGCUAGGCACAUACGGAAUGCAGGUGCCGUCUGAAUAUGGAGGCAUCGGACUAACAAACACACAAUAUGCUCGAUUGGGUGAAAUAACUGGUGGAAGUGAUCUGGCACUUGCUGUAAUGAUGGGUGCUCAUCAGUCUAUUGGAUUCAAGGGCAUCUUGUUGUAUGGAGAUAAACAGCAGAAGGAAAAGUAUCUGCCAAAGGUAGCUUCUGGUGAAUGGACAGCUGCCUAUUGCCUUACAGAACCAGGAAGUGGUUCAGAUGCUCAGUCAAUUCGUUCAAGAGCAACUUUGAGCGACGAUGGCAAACAUUAUAUUCUAAACGGAAGCAAAAUAUGGAUUAGCAAUGGUUCAACAGCCAACCUAUUCACCGUGUUUGCUCAAACGCCGUUGACAGACACGAAAACAGGAGAGACAAAAGACAGAAUCACAGCCUUUAUUGUGGAGAGAUCAUUUCCCGGAGUAUCGUCGGGCCUACCAGAAGCUAAAAUGGGCAUCAAAGCUUCACCAACAGCCGAAGUAUUUUUUGACAACGUCAAAAUUCCAGUUGAGAAUGUCUUACAAGAGCCGGGAGCCGGAUUUAAGAUUGCGGUGAAUGUUUUGAAUAGCGGACGAUUUGGAAUGGCUGCAGCUAUGGCAGGAUGUAUGAAAUAUCUCAUCAAACGAGCAGUACAACAUACAACAGGCAGAGUUCAAUUCGGCAGUCGUCUUGACACCUACGGAUCAGUCCAAAACAAAAUAGCAAGAAUGGCUCUCAACCUCUAUGUAACUGAAUCUAUGGCUUACAUCAUCAGUGGCAACAUGGAUCGAGGUGUGGAAGAGUUUCAAUUGGAAGCAGCCAUCAGUAAAAUAUUUGGAUCGGAGGCUGCAUGGACAGUUGCUGAUGAAUGCAUCCAACUUCAUGGUGGGAUGGGCUACAUGAAGUCGGCCGGUUUGGAACGAGUGCUACGUGAUCUCCGAAUAUUCCGCAUAUUUGAAGGAGCCAACGACAUCCUCAGACUAUUCAUUGCUUUGACUGGCAUGCAAUAUGCUGGUAGCCAUCUCAAGGAACUUCAAGCAGCACUACAAAAUCCGCUUGCAAAUCUUGGGCUUGUAGUCAGUGAGGGCAUGAAGAGAGCACAAAGGAGUGUUGGCAUGACGACGGCGGAGCCGCUGGGAAAUUACGUGCAUCCUGAGAUGAGGGGAUGUGCUGAAACGGCUACAAAGCUGAUCACUCACUUUGGAGGAACGGUUGAGCAACUUUUGUCGACAUACGGAAAGAAUAUUAUCCACGAACAGUUCAUACUGGACAACAUUGCUGAUGCUGCCAUUGAUAUGUAUGGCACCGUAUGCGUCUUAUCUCGAUGCUCACGAUCGUUCACACACGACCUACCAUCAAGUGAACACGAAAAACUUUUGACCGAAGUGUAUUGCAAGGAAGCUGGAGAGAGAAUCGAACGUAACUUACAAGCAGCAACAUCUGCCGAUGAGGCUCAUAUCAACAAGAAACUGACACUCAUCAGUCAACAGACGGUAGAGAACGAAGCCUUUAUUCCUCAUCAUCCACUGGGACUUUAAUUGGACACACAAAUUGACAAAGAAUGAAAUGUCUAGUAUAUGGUGAUAUUGCUGUGACAUGUGUGUGUGUGUGUGUGUGUGUGUGUGUGUGUGUGUGUGUG